GACGAUAGGCUAUGGUCGAGCGAGCGAGCGAGCGCAGGACGACGAGAAAGAGAAGGAGGAGGAGGAGCGGAAAUCGGUGGCAGGGCCGGGCGCUCGAAAAGGUCGGAGGUGGCGCGGAGGGGGAUUCUUGUGUAGGAGGGAAUAGAGGCUCGAGCAGGAUACGGGACGAGACGAGAGGACAGGACAGGACAGCAGCAGCAGCAGCAGCAGCGCAGGGGCGGCCAUAUCUCUCUCUCUCUCCUUCUCUAUCCGGGCGCCACCCGUGCGGGCGUUCGUCGUCGAUACUUCGUCGACGAGCGAGGGCUGGGGUGGGGCGCAAUGGUGCGACAAUGCCGUAGCUGCUGUUGACUCGUGUCCGAUUGCCGAUGAAGAAUUCGCGAGUCCGCUGAAGCUGUGACAGUCGCCCCUCUGUUGGUCGAGUCUCCGUGACUCAAUGGCAGGAGUUUCCGCCCUGUCCUGUGCCACUGCUUCGCUUUCCCUCCCGGCACCGGCAAGCAUCUCAGGUGGAAGCAGACUACGAAAGAAUUUGACAACCAACUCCCAGUCUGAUUCCAGAAGGGGCCGUACUAUCUCAUCGCAAUCGUCAUGGUGCAGCAGCAAUUAUUAUGAAAUGAGAGGACGAGGAAGAGCCCUGCAUCUCACCAUGACACCACAAAGUAUCAUGAAUACCGGUCUGAAAACUGCUUCCGCGAGGAUAGCUGCGCCGUACGCGGGUUUGUGGGAGCGAAGAGCUUCUUCUCAGUUUUGUAGCUGUAGCAGGUUGGAGACCUUUGUAAAUAAUAAUGCUCGAAGUGAAUCUGGAAGUUUCAGCGCUUACGUGGGCAUGAGUAAAGUUCGAUGUAGAAAGAAAACCACGGACGGAAUUAUGCGCUAUAUUUUUUCUGGGACUCCAUUGGACAGGUGGAAUACGAGGCGAGGGCUUGAUUUGGGCGUAGCCAGGAGUCAGCAACCUCAGUCGGAAAAUUUGGAUAUCGGAGAAAUUAAGUUUGACACAAGAGCAGAUGUUGGCGAUCAGGAAAAAACACUUCAGGAAAGUUUGGAGCUUAAUGACUUAGCCAGUAAAUUAGUUGAGACCAGCACAGGAUUGAAGAAGGAAAUCGACAUUACAAAAGCGCAGACAUGGUUCGAGUCAGUGCCCAAGCGUUGGGUUGUCGUCAUUCUCUGUUUCUUUGCAUUUCUGCUCUGCAACAUGGAUCGUGUCAAUAUGAGUAUUGCAAUCAUGCCAAUGUCAGCCGAAUUCGGUUGGAGUCCAACUACUGUUGGCCUUGUACAGUCCUCGUUUUUCUGGGGAUAUCUGCUUACUCAGAUUGCAGGAGGAGUCUGGGCUGAUAAAAUCGGUGGUAAGCAAGUUUUAGGAUUCGGUGUCGUUUGGUGGUCUCUCGCGACGAUCGCAACACCGAUUGCGGCAAAAAUCGGUCUCCCAGCUCUCUUCUUCGUGCGAGCUUGUAUGGGUGUAGGAGAGGGUGUUGCAAUGCCGGCUAUGAAUAAUCUUCUCUCCCGAUGGAUUCCUGUUGAGGAGAGAAGUAGAUCUUUGGCCUUGGUGUACAGUGGAAUGUACCUGGGUUCCGUUAUCGGUUUAGCUUGCUCUCCGUCCCUUAUCCACGCCUUCGGCUGGCCAUCUGUUUUCUUUUCUUUUGGAUCUGUUGGCGCCAUUUGGUUUACCCUGUGGCAGCGCUUCGCAUUCAGCUCGCCUGCGGAACAUCCAACUAUCAGCGAAGAGGAGUCCAAGCUCAUAUUUAAAAGCAACAAGCCCAGGGAUCCACUCGAAAAGAUUCCCUGGGGCCUCAUUCUGUCAAAAGCACCUGUCUGGGCGUUGAUUAUUUGCCAUUUUUGCCACAACUGGGGUACCUUUAUACUUCUGACAUGGAUGCCCACCUACUACAACCAGGUUCUAGGAUUCAACCUCAUGGAGUCAGGGCUGUUCUCUGUCCUUCCAUGGCUCACCAUGGCUGUUUCAGCUAAUGUAGGAGGCUGGAUAGCAGAUACCCUCGUGAGCAAAGGGUACUCUGUCACAUUCGUUCGAAAGAUCAUGCAGAGCAUCGGCUUCUUAGGUCCUGCUUUCUUCCUUACUCAGCUCAGCCACAUCACGUCACCGUCGCUGGCAGUGUUGUGUAUGAUGUGCUCACAGGGAUUGGAUGCCUUCUCCCAAUCUGGCUUGUACUCCAACCACCAGGAUAUCGGCCCUCGUUAUUCAGGCAUCCUAUUGGGUCUCUCAAACACAGCAGGUGUGUUAGCUGGAGUGUUCGGGACAGCCGCAACUGGAUACAUUCUUCAACACGGGUCUUGGGAUGAUGUGUUUAAGGUAGCCGUCGGACUCUACCUCUUGGGAACGGUUGUCUGGAAUGUUUUCGCCACAGGAGAGAAACAAUUUGAUUAAUCACAUAGAAACCACAGGAAUACUGACGUCUAGGCGCGAAGGAGGAGCCAGACUGUUAUUUACACUUUUUGACCCAGGUUGCUCACUUUUAUACUGGUUCGGCUACUCCCUUAUAUACACGUGGGGUCUCACACUGAUGUAGUGGAUUCCGGAGGCGGCGAUCAAUCGUCAAAGGCCAGCCUAGGCAGGCCACCUCUGAGGCCGGCCUUUGCGCUUUUCAGAAAAUUGUUCCUCUGCAGUUUUCUGCAUAGCCAUCAAACUAAUUACGUAUGAAAGGUACACUAGCUCACACGAUCCAAAAGUUGGUCGUCCCAAUGUUCACUUCUGUAACUCCCAAGUCAUUUUUAUAAAAUCUAUCCGGUCAACAAC